AUGCACCAAAGCAGCAAGUCAAUCUACCAGAAGUUCCGUCGGGUAGAUUUGUUGGACAAGAAGAAGACGGUGACGGCUCUGAAGCCCGGUGAAGAUCGAGCCAUUUUCCUGGGACUGGGAAUGAUCCUCUCUUCAGUGAUGAUGUACUUUGUCCUGGGGGUCACUAUGUUACGCUCCUAUGCAGACAGUGUGUGGACAGAGGAAGGUGUGUGUGUUAUACUGAACUCCACGGUCACAGCAGACAUGAACUGUUCCUACAACUGUGGGUCAGAGUGCUGGAGAGACUCCAAAUACCCCUGCCUGCAGGUCUACGUGAGCGUCAAUAACACGGGCCGUGUCAGCCGUUUAUCUCACAAUGAGGAGACACAGGACACCAGCUCUGAAUGUUUCUACGUGCCAAGGUGCCAGAAAGACAGUGUUGCCAUGCAUGUCAUGAUCAUGAACAUCUCACAGCGUCUGAAGGUGAACCAGAAGGUCACGUGUUACUACGACCCCAGCGAGCAGCAGGAGAACGUCAUCCUGACGCGGCUGUAUGACCAGACCGUGGUCUUCCACUCGCUGCUCUGGCCCUCCAGCAUGCUCAUUGGAGGGGCCCUCGUCAUCGUCAUGGUGAAGCUCACACAGUACCUCUCCAGAUUGUGCGAAGAGAUAGGGAAGAUCAAGAGAUGA